GCUAAGUCUUCAAACAUUUCCACUUCUAAACCACUUUUGUUCAUUUUUUCAAUCAUGAGAAAGGCUUUCUUUGUUCCUUUGUUGCUUACUGUAAUAUUCUUUUAUGCUACGUCUGCUGUAGCAAGAAAUGAUCCCUCAGGGAAUGAAGUGAACACGGAAGGAAAGCUUGCAAAUGAAGGAGUGACAAAGCCAACCCUGGAAGGACCAAAUGAAGAUGAAAAAUUCAAAGGAUAUUUUCAUCUAAAACACAAACUCAAAGGAUACUUUCACAAGAAACCAAUUUAUUAUAAGCCAAUACCAAAAUACAUUCCAACCUAUAAGCCAUUCCACAAACCAAUCAUAGGUGAAAAACCAAUCCCCUCUGUUGUUGAGCCAGAGGCAUUUCUUAAGCAUAAGCAUUACAUUUUCAAAAAGCCUAUUGUUCCCAUUGUUAAACCUGUUUAUGUUCCAAUUUACAAGCCAGUUCCAAAGGUUAUUCCAAUAUACAAGCCUAUUCCAAAGGUUGUUCCAAUUUACAAACCUAUUCCAAAGGUGAUUCCAAUUGUUAAGCCAAUUCAUUAAUCAGUUUGAGAGAAGAAAUUAAUGUAUCUCAAGUGUUCCAUGGAAGCUUUUACAUAUAAAUAGCUUCACCUAGCUAUAUCUUAACACUAUUUCAAUUGUGUGUUGCAUUAUCUAUCCUAUUUAUCUUAUGUAAUUUUUAUUUUUAUUUUGGGAAAAUUAUAUUGUGUUGUGUAUUAGGUAAUAUUUUCACCUUAAUAAAUUUCUCAAUUUGCCAAUUAU